CUAUACCCAUUUUUUUCACUUUCCUCUUCGUCUUCAUCUUCUUCUUCUUCGUUCCCUCUGAUGCUUCUCUUUUCAAUUCCAUAUCAAUAUAUGGUUAAAAAAUUUCAAAUCAACCCUUCUGUAUGUACUCUCUCUCUAAAACACAUAUCAUACAAAUAUGUAUUUGCAUAAAACUUCAAAUCGUGUUCAAGAAACAUAAAUCCUACAGUGGUGCUCGAUUACUAGACCUAAUCCAACGGUAUACAAAAGCAUUCACACGGAGCGCUCUUUUGAAAUUGGCUUCUCUUCUGCACAUUGAGUCUCGGGUGAAGAGGCAUACCAAUGAGACCUGAAUUUGUGAACCGAGCCCGCCCUGAUAACAAUGAAUCCGCGGACCCACAUUCUCAAUACGACCCGCUUAAGAAGCUGGGUCUCUUGGGUGUAAACGUGAGGAAGAGUGAAUCCUUAUUGGAGCUAUGUCAAGCCAGUAUUAACCAAGCCCAUAUCGACAAAAUGGAGAAAGAUGUUAAGGCAAGAGUCGGGUUCUCAGGGCCCAUCGAUAACUUGAAGGCGUCUAAUUUUUCCAGAUGUGCUUUUAAGGAUUGGAGAAUGGGAGGUGAUUCCCAUACCGGAUGAAUAGUCAAGGUUUUUCUUACUCGAUUCAGGUAGCAUUGUGUCAGAUUUGGUAAAAUAAGGUUUCAGUCAAAAAAAGGUAAAAACCAAAGUGCUUUUAUAUCUUUGGGAUUAUGGUA